AUGACUCCUGCUUCGCUUGAGCAGGACCCCUCGGCGGGCGCUCUGGGAACAGAGCCAGUGAAUAUGGAGUCCGUGACCGACGGCAUUGCGCAGUCACCCUGCUCCGACAACGACGGAGGCGAACGCCCCGUUCGACAGCAACUAAAAGAAACCAACCUCGACGCCUCAGUCCAGAAGAAUAAGAACGGCAGCAAAAAGCGCUCCCUCAACGAGUCCGAUAAUGACGCAACCUCCGAAGCCGACGCUCCCCCCAAGAAACGAUCGCGCGAGUGCACCCCCGAGAAAUCGUUGGGAGCCCAGGAUCAUACCUCAUACAAGCCUUCCGGAGCUGAACAGCGCGAGACCGAGACCGCACCCGCCGGUACUCUUUCAUCAAAUGUGAGUUUGUCAUCUCUUCCCGACUACGAAGAACCCAUAAGUCCCCUGUACCCCGUACACCCCCCUCUUCCCGCGGAGAACCCCCUGGAGACGAACGAGAGCGAUGCGAUUCCUCAUGGAUAUGUGGAUGUCAAGUCUGAGUGUGGAAAUGACGACCGUGGAGAGCGUAUUUACUCGCAUCCUGACGGAGACACCACCACUCCCGACUUUCGCAGCCAUCUGCAAGCUGUCGUCAACAUGAUCAACCUCCACAAUCACAACGUGGAACAAGGGCAAGUGGAUGGUCCCGACAAGGACGAAAGUACCAAAAUCUGGGUUGAGGGACGUCAACCAUCGAUCGCCAUUAGCCUCAACGCCGCCCCCGGAACACCCAAGACCCCGGAGGCGCGCAGUGACCGCUGGGAUCUUUGCUCUGACGCGGAAGUCUACCACAAGACGGUGCACUGCGUGGUGACUGUGAAUAUUUCAAUCGAAGGCCACACGCACAUCCCAGUCAAAGUCCCAUUUGACAUAAACUUGUCGUUCCAAAAGCCUGAUCCCCCUCAGGUGCCUGAACAAUCAAAUGGCUCCACAGCAUCAACUUGUCCCUCCAUCCUUCGCGGGUGCCUUGUUUCGACCCCUGACUCGCGCGUCCACGCCACCUAUGGUCACCGCCAGAGAUAUCUUGACCACGCUGCACAAUACCCGGCACCUCCAUCCCACAUCUCAAUAUCCUCUGACGAGGAUACACCGGGGAAUGAUAUCUCAUCCUACAUCUCUAUUUCCUCAGACGAAGGAUCUUCGCAUGGAGAUAACUUGCCCAGUCCCCAUCUAACCAGAACCCCGGAGCGCACCACUUAUGCCGGCCCUUUCGGUUUUGAACCCAUUAGUAACACAAUCUUCACCCAGGCAACCGAACAUCCCCCGGCUACCACGGAACCCACUGAGACCAAGACAGUCCCUCCGGAUGGGAAUCUCACUACCAAAGGAGAAACCGAGAAGAUAAACGAUUUGGACGAACGCAAGACCAAGAUAAACCAGACCUUCUCUUCGAGUGCAUUCGGAAAUACCUCUACUGACUCACCUUUCACCUCUGCGUUUAAAUCCUCGACAACAUCCACGUCUGCUUUCAGGUCCUCGAUGGCAUCAGCCUCUGCUACUUCACCCUUUACAAAUUUGUCGGCUACUGCAAAGGAACCGGCUCCUGCCAACAGUCCCUCUAACACCAAGAAAGCAGCUUCCACGUCUGCGUUUGCAUCAUCCUCCUUGUCUGCUUUUGCCGGUUCUGACGACUCUCCGUUUGGCAACCUCGCUGCUGGUACCUCAACUUCUGUGUUUGGAAAACCCGCCAACUCGACUGGAUUCUCUGCAUUCAGCAGCUCCUUUCCGGCUACUGCGAAAUCCGGUGGACUGACCAGUUUCGCAUCUCCCAACGUCACUUCUUCUUUCGGCGACUCUAAGGCUAAGGCACAGCCACUUGGUGCCAAGUCACAAGCCCUCGGUGCUGCGCAGUCUGACAAUGAAGAUAGCGACAAUGAGCAAGAGGAUGAAGGCAAUGGCAACGACACCUUCGUGGCAGAGAAGACCGACAAGCGGUUCGUUGAACAGCCUGUUGAAACCGGCGAGGAAGACGAGGAGACCAUCUUCGCCAACAAGGGCAAGCUGUACUGCUUCGACAAGCAAUGGAAGGAGCGUGGCAUUGGGACCUUCAAGGUCAAUGUCAAGCUCGGCCCCGAUGGAAAGCGGACAGGCCGCAUGAUCAUGCGCGCAGACGGCGCCCUGCGUGUCAUGCUUAACAGUGCCAUCUUCAAGGGCAUGCACUUUGGUGACCAGCAGGGUGCGCCCCCUGCCGGCCGCCGGAUCUUCCUGGCUAGCAAGGAAGACGGGAAGGUAGCCAACGUGCUCCUUCAACUGAACAAUGAAAACACGGUCAACGAGCUCUACGCCGUCCUUAAGGACCUCAUGGAGGAGGACUAG